AUGAGUGACAAUAACAUUGGAUUUUGGAGGGAAUUUGUGAAGCAGUAUUACUCUCCUAUGGCUAAGAAAAGACUCUGCUUGUCCAUGACUUCCAUGAUUAAUAGAGACCGUCACCAGAAAGUUUGGAUGUGUGAUUUAUGUGGAUCAAAUGCUGCCAAUGCAGGGAAAGGAUUUGAGACAUCUUAUGAACUUCUUCCAAGAAUGAGCCAGGUUUACUUCAAAAACUGCGUUGAAGAUGAACUUUUAUACUUGAAUUCACCUGUUGAAACAAUACUUCCAUCGGGAUCAAUGAUGUUGACGUUUAAUAAAGCGGUACAACAGAGCAUUUAUAAGAAUAUUCAUGUUGCUCACCAAGGACAACUUCGCAUUGUAUUUACUCCAGAGUUGAAGAUAAUAUCUUGGGAGUUCUGUGUACGAUCUCAUGAGGAGCUUGUUUCGCGAAAUUUCCUUGCAGCCCAGGUUAAUGAAUUUGUUGAGGUUGCUAAACAAUGCAAAAGAAACGAAGGGUUUAAUGAAAGGAAUGGAUUUCAAGCACAGGAUCAAGUAACAUAUAGCAAUAGGCUAAUGGCUGCAGGGAAACACCUAGCAGCAAACUUGGAACUACCUAAUAUUAAUGAAGCAGGCUUUUCCAAAGUAUAUGUUCGACACAUGCAGAUGUCUGACGUUAUUGAUUCUAUGAAAGAUCUGUUUGGUAUGUGCGCUGACAGCCAAUCCAACAAUUUCAGUCCAAUAGGUAAACCCUUGCUUGCAGUUGCCAUUAUAGUUUUGUUUAGUUUAUGUCCUGCGACUCCUGCCUGCAAAGAUUUACUAUCAUAG